AUGAUCCAACAAUUAAAGGAGGCGCUUAACAAGAAGUACACGGUCAAGGCAAGGUCAGAGGCAUGGGCCCUCACUGCGGGGAUGGUUGAGAAACAUAGUUCAGCAAUGGUAGAACAAUGGAUCAAAGAGAUUGACGCAUUGCCAACGUUUGCAGGGCUAUUCUCUGCGGUCCUCACAGCAUUCAAUGUCCAGACCUAUCAAUUGCUCCGACCUGGACCUACGGAUACUACUCCCGUCCUCAUCCAUAUUUCCGGACAACUUGUCAGCUACGCCGUUAACCCACUCUACGUCAACUCCACCCAGCCGUCCUACGACGCAAUUGCUGCUUCUACAUCCCCUUUUCGUGCGCCGACAUACGCUAUCUGGCUUAACAUUUGCUGGUUCACCAGUCUCGUACUCAGUCUGGCUUCUGCAUCCAUCGGCAUUACCGUGAAGCAAUGGCUCAAUCACUAUGAGGUCGAUUUGUCCGGAACAGCCCGGGAGACUGCGGCUAUCCGACAGCAUCGGCUGAACAACCUCAUGAAGUGGAAGGUCCCCCAGAUCGUUGCAAUGUUACCCAUCCUUUUGCAAACCGCCCUUGUGCUCUUCUUUGCCGGCCUAGUCAUUCUCUUGUGGUCCAUCCAUGCUGCACUCGCAACAGUCGUUUCUACCCUCAUUGCACUCUUACUCGCCUUCACGUUCUGCACCAUCAUCUUGCCAACGUUCCAAAGCGACUGUUGUUAUCUAUCACCUCCCUCG